AUGCCUGAAAUAAAAUAAGGAAUUAGAAUUAAUAUUGAAGAGAAAUCACAAAAAUGUGUUAUAAUGAUAAGGUGGAUCAUUGAUUCCACUAGCAAGAUAUCAUUUCUUUAGGGAUGGAAAUUAUGGGUCUUGCUUAAAGGAUGAUGCUUAUACUCAGAUGUCAAAUGGGGUGCCCUAUACUUAAUGUUCUAUUGGCCAAAAAAUUUCCAUAUCAAUAAUGUAAAAAUUUUUAUUGAAUACAUUCAAAAUUUGGCUUUGGGAUGUUAGUUAUUUAUCAAAUGAAGGCAUCAGAUUUUAUACAAUAAUUGUUUAUGCUGUGGUAAACGGAGUUCAAACCAAAAUUUAUGAUAGUAAUUUGGCAACAUCAAUAGUUAAGAUAACAUUUCCAGAUUAAUAGGUUGAAAGAUUUGAUGUAGGUGGUAAUACAUACAAUCAAGGUAUGUACAUUAUGAAAGCAGAUGCAUAUUAUAAAUUUUCAUGA